AUGGCAAUGAAGAACAAUGGUUUCAAACAGUGCAACUCAGAUCAUACUCUGUUCUUGAAACAUCGAAAAAGGGAGGAAAUAUCACAGCUACAAAACUAUUUGGCUACUGAGUUUGAGAUGAAGGAUCUAGGUGGACUCAAGAAAUAUGUCUUGGACUUCUUGACAGACACAGGAAUGCUAGAUUGCAAACCUGCGGACACUCCUAUUAUUCAGAAUCAUCAUCUUGGAGAAUAUCCGGAUCAAGUUCCAACUAACAAAGAAAUAUACCAAAGGUUAGUAGGAAGAUUGAUCUAUUUGUCACAUACUCGACCAGACAUUGCUUAUGCAAUGAGCGUUGUCAGUCAAUUUAUGCACUCUCCAAGUGAAGACCACAUGAAUGCAGUUCUUCGGAUACUUAGAUAUUUGAAGUCUGCACCUGGAAAAGGACUUAUGUUCUCAAAGCAUGGUAAUCUAAAUAUUGAUGGUUAUUCAGAUGCAAAUUGGGCAGGUAAUGUAAUAGAUAGAAAAUCCACAUCGGGUUACUUCACAUUCGUGGGAGGUAAUUUGGUGACAUGGAGGAGCAAGAAACAUAAUGUAGUAGCUUUAUCCAGUGCAGAAGCCGAGUUCAGAGCAUGA